CCGAGACGAAGACGUUUUCCUUUUCCAACAUGUCGGUGUACGGGCCAGUGGUGAAAAUCCAUCCUGUCGUUCUCGCCUCAAUUGGUGACUCGUACGAACGAAGGAAUGAGGGCGCUAGUCGUGUGAUUGGAACCUUGCUAGGUACCAUUGAAAAGCACUCUGUUGAGGUGACCAACUGCUUCUCUGUUCCGCACAAUGAAUCCGAGGAUGAGGUUGCAGUGGACAUGGAGUUUGCUAAAAACAUGUACGAGCUCCACAAGAGGGUAUCUCCCACUGAGGUCAUCAUUGGUUGGUACGCCACAGGGUUUGACAUCACAGAGCACUCUGUCUUAAUCCAUGAGUACUACAGCCGGGAGGCCCAGAAUCCCAUUCACCUGACUGUGGACACAGCUCUGCAGAGCGGCAAGAUGAACAUCCGGGCCUACGUCAGUGCUCAGAUGGGUGUUCCAGGGAAAACGGUUGGCGUGAUGUUCACCCCACUCAGUGUGAAGUACAUCUACUAUGACACGGAGAGGAUAGGCGUGGACCUUCUCCAGAGAACGAGAGAUUCUCCCAGCCACAGCAAGGGCCUGACCUCUGACCUCUCUCAGGUGGGAGGGUCUGCUGCCAGAGUACAGGACAUGCUGACAACUGUGUUAGCCUACAUAGAUGAUGUGCUUUCUGGAAAAGUGACGGCAGACAACAGCGUGGGACGUUACCUGAUGGACCUGGUCAACAAGGUGCCCAAGAUCUCAGCCGAGGACUUUGAGACCAUGCUCAAUUCCAACAUCAAUGACUUGUUGAUGGUGACCUAUCUUUCCAACCUCACACAAGCACAGAUCGCCCUGAAUGAGAAGCUGGUGGUACUCUGAGUAGAGAUUUGGACAAAUUUGGUCAAUAUUUAAUUUUGUAUACACUUUUUGGGAGGCCAGAAAUGAAUAAAAGGUGUUAAUAGCUCA